AUGUCAGAUAUAUCGUUUCGGAUUAAACAAAUUGUUGCCGGUGGAAAUGAAGAAGGAAGUGAGACUCAUCAGUUGUCUAACCCAUUUGAUGUGAUUGCCGACAAAGAGAGAGAUAGUCUCAUCAUCUGCGAUAGUUCGAAUAAAAGAGUGGUUCGAUGGUCUCGUCGAAAUGGGACAAGUGCAGAAACAAUCAUCUCCAACAUCAAUUGUUACGGUUUGACAAUGGACGAGAAUGGAUCUCUCUAUGUCGUUGACGGUAGAAAACAUGAAGUGAGACGAUAUCAAAGAGGAGAAUCUCAAGGAAUAGUGGUUGCAGGUGGCAAUGGAAGUGGAAAUCGUCUCGAUCAACUCUAUGGCCCACACUACGUAUUCGUCGAUCGAGAUCAUUCAGUAUACGUGUCUGAUUGGGAAAAUCAUCGUGUGAUGAAAUGGGUGGAAGGUGCAAAAUAA